ACUCGCGCGCUGUUUCAGGCGCGCGUUGUGUUGUCAACACGUAUCAUUCAUGUAUAAUAGUGAAGUUAAAGUUUAAUUUUGUUCAUAGUAUUAUUAGUUGCGCUGUUACGUAAAAUGAAUCAAGAACAAAUAAACACUGGAUUUGAUCCCAGUCCAGAAAACGGGGUGCCACCGUCAAAAGACUCUAAGGCUCUUCAUAUGCCGUCAGAAAUGAUUAAACCGUCUAAAAAUGGAGGAGACCAAGAAAAGAAAGAAGAUGUCGAAGACAAUGAACCAGAACGGGCGAUGUGGGGAAAUCAAAUUGAAUUCCUCAUGUCUUGUAUUGCGACAUCAGUAGGUCUAGGAAACGUGUGGCGGUUCCCUUUCGUCGCCUACCAAAAUGGUGGCGGAGCUUUUCUUAUUCCCUACAUCAUUGUGCUGCUUUUGAUAGGAAAACCUAUGUACUAUCUCGAAGGAGUUAUAGGACAAUUUAGCUCCCGAAAUUCCGUCAGAAUAUGGGCUUUAUCACCGGCUAUGAAAGGCACCGGUUACGCUCAAGCCCUGGGCUGCGGAUACAUCUUGUCGUACUACGUAGCUAUUAUAGCCUUAUGUCUGUACUACUUGUCCAUGAGUUUCCAAUCAACUCUACCCUGGGCCGUGUGCCAACCCGAAUGGAAGAACUGUGUUCCGUCGGACCAGACCGAGAACAUUGUUUUAACGGAAAAUUCAACGAGUAGUGCCGAGCUGUAUUUCGUGAAGACUGUUCUUCAACAAAGCGAAGGCAUUGAAGGAGGACUCGGUGCACCUAUAUGGUAUUUAACUUUAUGCUUACUCGCAUCUUGGGUUAUUAUCUUCCUCAUUGUGGCUCGAGGAGUCAAAAGUUCAGGCAAGGCUUCGUAUUUCCUCGCCUUAUUCCCGUACGUCGUAAUGAUCAUUCUGCUCAUCAGUACUGCGAUCCUUCCUGGAGCGGGUGACGGAAUAUUGUUCUUUAUAACACCACAGUGGGAAAAACUUAUCGAACUCAACGUGUGGUACGCGGCGGUAACGCAAGUAUUUUUCUCGCUGUCCGUAUGCACUGGUGCUAUUAUUAUGUUCUCUUCUUACAAUGGAUUUAGACAAAAUGUUUACAGAGAUGCAAUGAUUGUGACAACACUGGAUACUUUUACAAGUUUGCUUUCGGGUGUUACAAUAUUCGGUAUCCUCGGCAAUCUAGCAUACGUGCUAAAAAAAGAAGUGGGUGAAGUGGUAGGCACAGGUGGAACGGGUUUAGCCUUUAUCUCCUAUCCUGAUGCCAUUGCCAAGACUUUCCAGCCGCAGCUAUUCUCAGUCCUGUUCUUCUUAAUGAUGUCAGUGUUGGGCGUUGGUUCAGCUGUGGCUCUACUGUCAACCAUUAACACGGUGGUAAUGGACGCUUUCCCGCGCAUUCCCACCGUCAUUAUGUCAGCAAUAUGUUGCAGUGCGGGCUUCCUUAUCGGACUCGUCUACGUCACCCCAGGUGGCCAAUUUAUCUUGGAAAUCGUUGAUUACUACGGUGGUACAUUCCUUAUACUCUUCUGCGCAAUUGCUGAAAUCAUCGGUGUAUUUUGGAUUUAUGGACUUGAAAACUUCUGUCUUGACAUUGAGUUUAUGUUAGGAAUUAAGACUUCUAUGUACUGGAGAUUUUGUUGGGGCGUUAUCACCCCUGUUAUGAUGAUUGUCGUAUUUAUUUAUGCCUUAGUUUCAUACGAAGCACUUCUCUUUGGCGGUUAUUAUACUUAUCCGACAGCAGGUUACGUUUCCGGUUACCUGAUGCUGCUAGUCGGUGUCGCAUUUGUCCCUCUAGGUAUAAUCUUUGUGAUGUACAAGAACAGGACAGGAAAUUGCAGGGAGACUCUCAUACAAUCAUUCCAAUCCAAACCAUCGUGGGGUCCUCGCUCAACAGCAACCCGCAACGAAUGGAAGCUUUACAAACAGGAUGCCAUCGCUGAGCGAGAAAAGCUUAACACAACAUGGCUUACACACAUCUGGCUCAGUCUAUCAAAUAACUACCAACAUCGAAUUUAGUGUACGAUAUAUUUAAGUAAAGCAGGAAAGAAUUUAAUUAAUUUAAUUAAAUUACCCUUAUACGGGGUGAAGCAGUCGACGUACAACUGGCGAACGCAAUAUUUAUGUACAAGUAUAUGAAUGUAAUCAUUAAAUAAUCUCCUUUGUUUAUUUUUUGAAGUUUUACAAGUGUUAUUUGUAAUAAAUUCUACUUUAAAUGAAAUAAACGUAUCCAUGAGGGCAUUUAUUGAAAAAAUUAAAAAGAAAACUACUUUUAUAAUAUUCAUGAUAAAUGCAUGCCACACACUACAGCUGAUUUGUUUCAGAUAAAUUAUUAUUUUAUAUAUAAUUUAUUGCUGUAAUUGCAUUCGUUCAAAAUUGAGAUGUUCCCUUUUAUAAAAGUAAAGGAAGGGUCUACAUACGUCUCACAAGGGUUACGUCUCACACGGGUCUUCAAAAGUCUGACAGGGUUUAUAUACUUAUGUACAUAUCGUUUAAAUUACAGUAAUUGUCAACUCCCGAAUUGUCAAUUCUUCGUGAUUUAGUUCACAUUUACUAAACUAACAUUUUUUAUUAAUUAUACAUAUAUAAAGAAUCCAGAAUUAAUAUGCUUAACCCUCAAUGUUCGAGUCAGACACACGCUGACAUGUUUUUAUGAAUAAACUAGCGAUCCGCCCCGGCUUCGUACGGGUGAUUUCUGCAUCUCUACAACAACGCCACCUACCGGGUCCAAUUGUGAAUCUAACCAUCUAGGGAGCCACUCAAACACACACAAAAACUUUUAUCAAAUAUCGGUAAAGCCACUUUCGAGUUUUAGCGAGAUUAACGGACAGCAAUUGAUUUUUACAUAAAGAGAUUAUAUCUUUUAACUAUGUACAUAUUAUAAUACUAAUUGAUUUGGAACAGUGAUGUAUUUUAUUAAAUUAAAAUUGGGCACAAAAUGAUAAAACUUCUGAGUAAAUUAGCAAUUUACUCCGCUUUAAAUUAAUAGAAGAAAAAUAUUCUAUGUCAACGCAAUUGCGGGCACAGCUGGUAAUAUGAGUAUAUAAAGAAUUUAUUUAAUAGAUAAAGUGCUUCUACUCUCCAAAAACUUCCAAAUAAUUUAUAUCUGAAAUAAAUUAUUUUAAAAUAAUUUCUAUUCUUUAUUUAUUCGACUGUUCUUAGCAUAAUAUUAUUAUUUCAUUUUAUUUAUCCAAUGAAUUAAAUUAAUUUGAUUGAUAUAAUUUGAAAUUACCAAUUUACUCUGCUUUAAAAUAAAAAUUCUAUGCCAACGCUGUUGCGGACACAGCUAGUAAAUAGUAAUAUAUAAAGGUUUUUCUUCAGAUUCUUGAAUUUCAUUUAUAGAUAAAGUGUAGAGGUUUUAAAAAUUUUCAAAAUUAUAUUUAAUUUAGUUAAUUUAAAUUUCAUAAUUUUGUUCGACUGUUCUUUUAUUACAUUUUAUUUAAAUUAAUAAUUUAAUUAAUUUAAUUGAUACAAUUUCAAGUGUAAUGUUAUUAAGUCUAUCAAAAGGCUGUGUUAUUGUUAAACCUAAUUAAGUACUAUACCUUGUUAUUAAUUUAAUAAAAACAAUGCUACUU